AUGAAAGUAAUCAUUGCACUUUGUGUUCUCUUCAUUGGGGCUUAUUGUGUACCAGUAACUGAUGAACAACCCGAAAAUGACUGGGCUUCAUUCAAACGUGUUUAUAAAAAACAAUACAAAUCUACCAAAGAAGAUGCUGAUCGUGAAAACAUUUGGAAAGUUAACCGCGCUAUAAUCGAAGAACAUAAUCGUAAAGCUAGCUUAGGGCAGUACACUUUUACUUUAGGAAUGAACAAAUUCGGUGAUCUGACUCUUGAAGAAUUUACAAAAAAAAUGAAUGGAUUCAAAAUGUCAACUAAAACUGACACAUCACAAUCCGUUCAUCAGACAUUCGUAGCUCCAACAAGUUUGACCCUUACAAAUACUGUUGAUUGGAGCCCACAAGGUUGUGUAGCACCAGUUAAAGAUCAAGGACAAUGUGGAUCAUGCUGGGCUUUCUCAGCUAUUGGUUCACUUGAAAGUCAAAAAUGUAUAAAAACUGGCAAUCUUGUUAGACUUUCUGAACAAAACUUGGUUGAUUGUUCAGACGCAUAUGGUAACCAGGGUUGUAAUGGUGGUUGGAUGAAUAGUGCUUUUCAAUACAUCAUAGAUAACAAUGGUGUUGACACUGAAGCUAGUUAUCCAUAUACAGCAACGGAUAAUGGUCCAUGCUCGUUCCAAGCAUCAAAUGUUGGUGCCACUGUGACUGGUUUUGUUAAUAUCAAACCGGGGAGCGAAGCUGAUCUUCAAGCUGCUAUUGCCACGAUUGGUCCAAUUUCAGUUGCUAUUAAUGCUGGACUUUCUUCAUUUCAUUUCUAUAAAUCAGGUGUUUACAAUGAUCCAAGGUGCAAAUCAACACCGUUAAAUCAUGCUGUUUUAGCUUUUGGUUUUAACAAGACAGCUUCACAACCAUAUUACAUUGUCAAAAAUUCGUGGGGAACAUCAUGGGGUAAAAACGGCCACAUCUGGAUGACACUUGGCACGAAAAAUCAAUGUGGUAUUGCAUCAGCAGCAAGUUACCCUCUUGUUUAA